AUGCCCCGCCUACCCUACACCAACUACCACACCCCGCACGCCGGACCGCCUCCCACCCUGAACAUCAUCAAGCUUCUAUCCCACAGCACCGCCACCGUCGACCACUGGACCGCCCUGGGAAAUGCCCAAUUCAAACACCUAUCCCUCGCGGCCCGCGACCGCGAGCUCGUGAUCCUGCUAACGACAGCCAAAUUCCAAUCAACCUACGAAUGGACCCACCAUGUGCCCGUGUCGCUGAAGGCGGGAGUAACCAGGGCACAACAGUCCGCGCUCGAAGCAUCAUCCAAGACAACCAACUACUUCAUCGAUGGGAAAUAUAGUCUGGAGGCGGCCUUCAGCCCGAGGGAUCUUGUGCUCCUGACGUUUGUGGAAACCAUCAUCCAGCAGCCUGAAGUCGGUGAUGAGCUGUGGGAGCGUGUCAAGCGGGAGUUUUCGGAAAGGGAGAUCGUGGAGAUUAUCUCGCUUCAGGGCUUCUACUAUUCGUUUUCGAGGUUGACUACUGUUCUGGAGUGUGGGUUUGAUGAAUGGGCUAAGUCGAAGCUUUGA